AUGGCCAAGGAUGGCGAACCCGCCAAGUCUGUCGACAAGGGCAAGGGAAAGGCAAUAGAUGGAGAGCCCAACAAAGCUGAGGACGUGAAGAAGGAUAAGGAUGGAAAGCCUCUCGUGAAUGGGAAGAAGGAAGAUGGGGUCAUUGGCGCAACUGAAGAGCUGAGUGAAGAGGAUCAACAGCUCAAGAACGAGCUCGAUAUGCUCGUAGAGCGCUUAACGGAACCUGAUACGAGCCUCUACAAAUCCGCCCUCGAGGCAAUCAAAGACUCGAUCAAGACCUCGACCUCAUCGAUGACCGCAGUCCCAAAACCACUCAAGUUCCUUCGCCCGCAUUAUGAAGCGAUGACGAAACUUUACGAGGAAUGGCCUGCUGGAGAUGACAAGACAUCACUUGCGGAUGUGCUCUCGGUGAUUGGCAUGACGUUCUCUGACGAAGGCCGACAAGAUACCCUGAAAUACAGGUUGCUUGCUCCAACUGUAGACAUCGGAUCUUGGGGUCACGAAUAUACGCGACAUCUUGCUUUGGAGCUCGGGGAGGUAUAUACCAAGAGGUUAACAGACGAUGAGCCAUAUCAAGAUCUCAUUGACCUUGCCCUCGUCCUCGUACCUCUAUUUCUCAAAAGCAAUGCUGAGGCCGAUGCGGUCGAUCUCAUGAGCGAACUCGAAAUAAUUGAAGACAUACCUAAAUUCCUUGACCAAGACACUUACCCCCGCGUCUGCCUCUACAUGGUCAGCAUGGUCAACCUCUUGACAUACCCCGAAGAUCAGCAAUUUCUCCGAACCGCGCACGAUAUCUACAAGCAAUAUGAUCAACUAACUCAGGCCAUUGUUCUUGCGAUCCGUCUAAAUGACAUCGACCUCAUAAGAAAAGACUUCGAUUCGACCAACGAUGUCGCUCUUAAGAAGCAAAUGGCGUUCCUUAUCGCCAGACAGCAGAUCUUUUUGGAUUUGCCCACUGAGACUGAGGAGGAACAAGAGAUUGCGGAAUGUCUUAACAACACAAAGCUGCCGGAGCACUUCAAAUCUCUGGCUAAGGAGUUGAACAUUUUGGAUCCAAAGACAACCGAAGAUAUCUACAAGAGCCAUCUCGAAAGCAAUCGCGUUGCUGGCCUCACCAACCUGGAUUCUGCGAGACAUAACUUGGCUGCUGGAUUCGUAAAUGCAUUUGUCAAUGCCGGAUUUGGCAAUGACAAGAUGAUGAUGGUUGAGGAUGAGAAGUCAAGUUGGGUAUGGAAGACGAAGGAGGAAGGGAUGAUGUCCACGGUUGCCUCAUUGGGUACAUUAAUGCUGUGGGAUGUGGAAACCGGUCUGGACAAAAUCGACAAAUACACAUAUGCGCCAGAAGAUCAGAUACAAGCUGGCGCUAUGUUGGCUAUUGGUAUCAUGAAUUCGGGUGUGAGAAUCGAUUCCGACCCUGCGCUGGCGCUACUUGGCGACGAGGAGAAGUUGAACCACAAGAGCCCUUUGGUCAAGGUUGCUUCCAUAAUGGGUCUUGGUCUGGCCUACGCUGGGUCAAAUCGCGAGGCUCUCCUUGAACUGCUGUUGCCGAUUGUUGCCGACACUUCCCUGGAUAUGCAGAUCUCAGCAAUGGCUGCUCUUUCACUGGGCAUGAUUUUCGUUGGCUCUGCCAACAGCGAUGUCACUGAGACGAUCGUGCAAACUUUCCUGGACGAUGACCGGAAAUCCCAGCUCAAAGACAAGUGGACCCGCUUCAUGGCUCUUGGUCUUGGUCUUCUCUAUUUCGGAAAGCAGGAGCAAGUAGAUGUUAUUCUAGAGACACUGAAGGCCAUCGAUCAUCCGAUGUCGAAGCCCACUUCGGUGCUAGCGGAAAUCUGCGCAUGGGCAGGCACUGGCACUGUUUUGAAGCUCCAGGAGCUUCUUCACAUCUGCAACGACCAUAUUGAAGAUACAGAUGACAAGAAGGGAGAUGAAUUACUCCAGGCAUACGCGGUUAUCGGUCUGGGUCUGGUGGCGAUGGGUGAGGAAGUUGGUCAGGAGAUGGUUUUGCGCCAAUUCGGCCAUCUGAUGCACUACGGAGAGGCCAACAUCAGAAAGGCAGUCCCCUUAGCUAUGGGUCUGAUCAGCCCCAGCAACCCCCAGAUGAAAGUCUACGAUACCUUAUCACGGUACAGUCACGACAACGAUAAUGAUGUUGCGAUCAAUGCAAUCUUCGCAAUGGGACUUCUCGGUGCUGGAACGAACAAUGCAAGACUAGCUCAGCUUCUUAGACAGCUUGCAAGCUACUAUCACCGCGAUCAGGAGUCCCUGUUCAUGGUUCGGAUUGCCCAGGGUCUACUUCACAUGGGCAAAGGCACUCUCUCGAUAAACCCGUUCCACACCGAUCGGCAGGUACUUUCGAGAGUCUCCGCCGGUGGCCUUCUCUCAGUCUUGAUCGCCAUGAUCGAUGCCAAGCAGUUCAUCACUGACAAAUCUCAUUAUCUCCUUUACUAUCUUGUUACGGCCAUGCAUCCUAGGUUCCUUGUUACCCUCGACGAAGACUUGAAGCCACUGACCGUCAAUGUCCGAGUUGGACAAGCCGUGGAUGUUGUGGGUCAAGCAGGUCGACCCAAGACGAUUACUGGAUGGCAGACACAGAGCACUCCAGUUCUGUUGGCAUACGGUGAGCGUGCGGAAUUGGAAGAUGAGCAAUACAUAAGUCUGAGUAGCAACCUUGAAGGGUUGGUGAUUUUGAGAAAGAAUCCGGAAUGGGAUGGAGACAAGAGCUGA